UUUAUUUUUCAUUGAAAGAUAGAGAAAGAAAUUUUGAGAGACUAUAUACAAUUUUAAGAGAGUAUGUGACGUUCUGUCUUUUUUUACCCGUUGUACCAUUUUGUCGUAUUCCAUUUUGUCUUUUUUACGCGAAGUAUUAUUUAGUCUGUAGUUUGAUAGAGAAAGAAAUGUGCGAGUUUGAUACCAUUUGUCAUUUUUUAUUCAUUGUACCCUUUGUCGCUUCCAUUUUUGUCUUUUUUACCAUAGAUCCUUUUUGUCUGAACAUUAUUUCUUCAACUUUUGGAAAAUAAAUCGUUGGGAUUUUGCCUGAUUUUUUAACAUUUUUCUUUAAUUUAUUUUUAGUUAAUUCUUCAAAAUAGCCUAAAUAAUAGCCUUAUUGUUUCAAAAUGGGUGGAAAAGUUUCAACAAACGUUGACUCCUUCAGAGAUCCUUUGACUACUCCACAAGUUGAUCGACCUUGCACUUUUGAUCCUUUGUAUGGAUUUCCAAAGGGAAGGAAGGUUAAAGAGAUGAAAAUGACGUGGGAAGAAAUGGAAAAGUAUAAACUUCCAGUUGGCCUUCGUGAUUAUUGCGCUCAUCUCGCCGUUCCUUUUAUCGAUUGUCAACGGAAACAUAGAUUGUUUGCAACUCAUUGUUGUGCUGGACUCCGCCAUGAUUGGGUUCACUGUCAAUUCAAAGAAGAAAUUGAUCGUCGAAAAGAAUAUGAACGUGAAAAGCGUCUUCUUCAACGAAAAGCUCGUAAAGAAAAACUUGCACGUGAACAAGCCCAAGCGUGAUUUUUAGUUGAUUUUUUGUGCUGGUUUAUAGGUCUUAAAUUUUAUGUAAAAUUUUUUUGUGAUUUUUGUUUGGAAUUUUUAAUCAAAUCAAAAUUGAUACAAAACAUCUUUAUAAUUUUUUAAAUUCAAAAAUUUUUGCGGACAUCCGCAACUUUUUGCGGAUUGUUAUAAAAUUGGG